AUGGUCCACCUCCUCAACCUCCUCAGACUGAACUACAGACCUCCUCAGACCCUGAACUACAGACCUCCUCAGACCCUGAACUACAGACCUCCUCAGACCCUGAACUACAGACCUCCUCAGACCCUGAACUACAGACCUCCUCAGACCCUGAACUACAGACCUCCUCAGACCCUGAACUACAGACCUCCUCAGACCCUGAACUAG